UUAAAUCUUGAAACUAUAAAAAUUUAGGGCACCAAAAUUCUUUGAACCCUUCAAACCUUAAUUCUCAGCUGCUGCGCACCAACUACUCAACCCAAGAGCAGAGACAUCUUUCGUCUCUCUCUUUCUAUCUCCUCCUUCCAUUUACUCCAACUUGGAACAUUUUUUCUUAUCGAAUUUCUUCGGUGAGUUUAAAGAUUUAAUCUUUUCUUCUUUCUGGUGAGCUUCGGAGUGUGUAAAGUGUAAUCAUGUUUGGGCGAGCUCCGAAGAAAAGCAAUAACACCAAAUACUAUGAACUUCUUGGUGUCUCAAAAGAAGCCAGUCAAGAUGAACUCAGGAAGGCAUACAGAAAAGCUGCGAUAAAAAAUCACCCGGAUAAAGGUGGAGAUCCCGAGAAGUUCAAAGAAGUGGCUCAAGCUUAUGAAGUUCUUAAUGAUCCGGAGAAGAGAGACCUCUAUGACCAAUAUGGGGAAGAUGCUCUUAAGGAAGGAAUGGGUGGUGGCGGACAUUCUCAUAAUCCAUUCGAUAUCUUUGAACAAUUAUUUAAUCCUUCAGGUUUUGGAGGUGGUGGUAGCAGUUCAAGAUUUAGAAGGCAACAGCAAGGUGAAGAUGUGAUUCAAACCUUGAAGGUUUCCUUAGAGGACUUGUACAAUGGGACCUCAAAGAAACUAUCACUUUCUAGGAAUAUUCUGUGUCCUAAAUGUAAAGGGAAGGGAUCAAAAAGUGGAGCAUCUAGUCGCUGUCAUGGCUGUCAAGGUUCAGGUAUAAAAGUUAGUUCUAGACAAAUUGGGCCUGGUAUGAUUCAGCAAAUGCAGCAUGUCUGUCCAGAAUGUAGAGGUUCAGGGGAGGUAAUUAGUCAAAAGGACAAAUGCCCACAGUGCAAGGCCAACAAAGUUUCUCUUGAGAAGAAGGUUUUAGAGGUGCAUGUGGAAAAAGGGAUGAAGAAUGGUCAGAGAAUUGUAUUCCAGGGACAAGCAGAUGAGGCGCCAGAUACAGUCACUGGGGACGUUGUCAUUGUGUUGCAAGAAAAGGAACAUCCUAGGUUCAAGAGGAAGUUUGAUGAUCUCUAUGUUGAACAUAAGCUGAGUUUGACUGAGGCACUUUGCGGUUUCCAGUUUGUCCUGACUCAUCUCGAUGGCAGACAGCUGUUGAUAAAAUCUAACCCUGGAGAGGUCAUCAAGCCCGACCAGUACAAGGCAAUCAAUGAUGAGGGUAUGCCACAUCAUGAGAGGCCCUUCAUGAAGGGGCGAUUAUAUGUACACUUCACUGUGGAAUUUCCCAAUUCCUUACCCCUUGACCAAUCCCGAGCUUUGGAGAAAGUCUUACCAUCAAAUCCCAAGAAACAGAUCUCGGACAUGGAGUUAGACGAGUGUGAGGAGACCACUCUACAUGAUGUUAACAUGGAGGAGGAGAUGAGACGCAAGCAGCAUCAAAGGCAUCAGCAGGCAUAUGAUGAAGACGAUGAAGAAGAAGAUGAUGAACCUCGCGUUCAGUGUGCUCAGCAGUAAUGUGAUGCUGUUAUUACAGAUUAUUAAAUGUUUCAGUAGGGAUCUUUUCCCAGCCUUUUGAGAAUUGAAGCUUAUAUAUCAAUCUUGUUAAAUGUUGGGUGUUUUUGGGAUUUUGGGUGUGUGCCUAUUUUGAUGUGUAUAGCUUCUACAUACUUAGUUUACAUACAAGCUUGUAGUUGCUUCAGUAGAAUCAAAUAUAUGUAUCCUUUGCUUGAUAAUUCUUACUCCAUAUCUCUCUUUUCAUCUUUUGUGAUUGCCUCAGUACAAGGAGAUUUACCCAA